ACACAUCAUCUGUUGUACUUGCUUAUUUGGCACAUAUGUAUUCACAGCGCCUGGAACACUGCCUGUAACGUGGAAGGUGUUCGAGCUGUAGAGUUUUGUCGAAUGAAUGAAUGAAGCCGACCAGUGCACAGGGAGUGCAGUGGCGCCAUGGGUAGCUCUCUGCAGCCUCCAACUUCUGGGCUCCAGUGAUCCCCGGGCUCUGCUCAUCCCUCUCCACAGCCACUUCCGGGCAGAAGCCAGCGAAGCGGUGGCGCAAGCGUCCCGCCAUGGCCGCUCUCACCCGGGACCCCCAGUUCCAGAAGCUGCAGCAAUGGUAUCGCGAGCACGGCUCCGAGCUGAACCUGCGCCGCCUCUUCGAUGCCGACAAGGAUCGCUUCAACCACUUCAGCCUGACCCUCAACACCAACCAUGGGCAUAUCCUGCUGGAUUACUCCAAGAACCUGGUGACGGAGGAUGUGAUGCGGAUGCUGGUGGACCUGGCCAAGUCCAGGGGUGUGGAGGCUGCCCGGGAGCGGAUGUUCAAUGGUGAGAAGAUCAACUACACCGAGGGUCGAGCUGUGCUGCAUGUGGCUCUUCGGAACCGGUCAAACACACCCAUCCUGGUAGAUGGCAAGGAUGUGAUGCCAGAGGUCAACAAGGUUCUGGACAAGAUGAAGUCUUUCUGCCAGCGUGUCCGGAGCGGUGACUGGAAGGGGUACACAGGCAAAACCAUCACGGACGUCAUCAACAUUGGCAUUGGCGGCUCCGACCUGGGACCCCUCAUGGUGACUGAAGCCCUUAAGCCAUACUCUUCAGAGGGUCCCCGCGUCUGGUAUGUCUCCAACAUUGAUGGAACUCACAUUGCCAAAACCCUGACCCAGCUGAACCCCGAGUCCUCCCUGUUCAUCAUCGCCUCCAAGACCUUUACCACCCAGGAGACCAUCACGAAUGCGGAGACGGCGAAGGAGUGGUUUCUCCAGGCGGCCAAGGAUCCUUCUGCAGUGGCGAAGCACUUCGUUGCUCUGUCUACUAACACGACCAAAGUGAAGGAGUUUGGAAUUGACCCUCAAAACAUGUUCGAGUUCUGGGAUUGGGUGGGAGGACGCUACUCGCUGUGGUCAGCCAUCGGACUCUCCAUUGCCCUGCACGUGGGUUUUGACAACUUUGAGCAGCUGCUCUCGGGGGCUCACUGGAUGGACCAGCACUUCCGCACGACGCCCCUGGAGAAGAACGCCCCUGUCCUGCUGGCUCUGCUGGGUAUCUGGUACAUCAACUGCUUUGGGUGUGAGACGCAUGCCAUGCUGCCCUAUGACCAGUACCUGCACCGCUUUGCUGCGUACUUCCAGCAGGGCGACAUGGAGUCCAAUGGGAAAUACAUCACCAAAUCUGGCACCCGUGUGGACCACCAGACAGGCCCUAUUGUGUGGGGGGAGCCUGGGACCAAUGGCCAGCAUGCUUUUUACCAGCUCAUCCACCAAGGCACCAAGAUGAUACCCUGUGACUUCCUCAUCCCGGUCCAGACCCAGCACCCCAUACGGAAGGGUUUGCAUCACAAGGUAAGAGCCCCCAUCUGGCCCCAUCUGGAGGGUCUGGACCUUGAGAGGCUGCUGCCACAUAAGGUCUUUGAAGGAAAUCGCCCAACCAACUCUAUUGUGUUCACCAAGCUCACACCAUUUAUGCUUGGAGCCUUGGUCGCCAUGUAUGAGCACAAGAUCUUCGUUCAGGGCAUCAUCUGGGACAUCAACAGCUUUGACCAGUGGGGAGUGGAGCUGGGAAAGCAGCUGGCUAAGAAAAUUGAGCCUGAGCUUGAUGGCAGUGCUCAAGUGACCUCUCACGAUGCUUCCACCAACGGGCUUAUCAACUUCAUCAAGCAGCAGCGCGAGGCCAGAGUCCAAUAAACUCAUACUCAGCCGCAGCCUCCUCUGUGAUUCCUCUUUCUCUUCUGGUCCCUGCUCCCCAGAGCCGGCACUGCAUGGUCCUGGACACCACCCAGAGCGCCCUCUGGUUUUGGGCUUGGACCACGAGCCCUUGGCGGGGAGGGCUGAUCUCAAAUUGCUACCCCCAGCCCCUCCAUGUCUUCGCUCCCUCUGUGUUACAACUGGUUGAAGUGUUUUUGUGCAGCUGACUUUUCUGACCCAUGUUCACGUUGUUCACAUCCCAGGUAGAAAAAUAAAGAUGCCACAGAGGACGUUGUAGGCUCA